AUGUUUGAUCCGAAAAGAUCAUUUACUUAUGAUCCUUUACCAUGCGAAUCUCAUGAAUGCGGUUCCUAUCAAAGUCAUAAUUGUCAAAGGCAGUGCGGGUUUAGUGUAAAUAAUUCUGUGAAAGGCGAAAGGAAGGUAACCGAUGUUGAUAGUAACAUCCUACUAUUAGGCGGAGGUGGGGAUAUGGAAGGUACUCCAACACCGAUGAAUAUUUACGAUUAUUACUCCAUUACUUUACUCCGUAUAGAAUAUGGAGCUGUCGUAAUUGACAUGGAUGAGGAAGUACAUAAAUACCGAGCUAUACUAAAUACCGGAUCUCCGCUUACUUAUAUCCCCGAUAUAGCGUAUAAAGUACUUUCAGACACGGUGGAAAGUCAGCUCGUUACUCUACGAUUUGAACGGGCUGACGAUAAAGAUGAUCUCUUCUUUGAAGGGAAGAUCGAGGGUGUGGCGAUUCCAAACGUUACGUUCUCAUUUGCUAAUGGUUAUGCUCUUGUCUUGGAUGAGUAUAGUUUAUUUUAUUCAAAGACUCCCAACAAAUUUUGCUUGGCAGUCUACCCUUCAUCUAAUAUACAUUCCGCUGGCUUCAAAACCCUUAUUCUAAUUGGGUUAUUAGCUCAGCAGAAUUAUAAUGUGGGUUAUGAUCUUAAAAAUGGAAAAUUAUAUUUCAAAGGAUGGAUUGUUCACUAG